GACCUCCGCUACCUGGAGUUCUUUGCCGGCAAAGGCGAGGUCUUUACAGCCGUCAAGGCUGAGCACACGGCAGUUGCUGUGGACUUGGAGUAUUUGAGUGGUGUUGGUCAUGCAAUGGAUAUCAACAGCGACUCUGGGCUAGCGUUGGCCAUAUGGCUAGUAUUGAACUGCCGCGAAGAUUCUUUCGUAGUCCUGUUUGCAACCUGCUGCAGCAGCUGGGUCCACAUCAACAGUGGAACUAGCAAGAGAAGCCUGUUGUUGCCAGAGGGCGCUACCCAGCUAGAUUACAUUGUCAACAGCAACAAGAUGGUGGCGCGGUGUGUGCUGCUUUUCAUGCUGGUGGUGGCCAGAGGUGGCACCUAUCUCCUGGAGCAGCCUGGCAGUUCCUUGAUGAGGCAUUAUCAUCGGUUCCAAUACUGGGCAAGUAUCAGCAAGGUGUCUUGGCAUAACAGUGAGGACAUGGAAACGCUUGGCCCCAUAUGUAUCCUUUGGCAUGGUUCUGCAACAUGUCAUUCAUAG